UCCCUCUUCUUUGGUUUCGCCGUUCUCUUUUCUGGGAGAGAGAGAGAGGAGAGAGGCGAGAGAGAGAGAGAGUGAGAGCGAGGAGAUGGGGAGUCAUGGGAAGGUCUACACCUUGGCCGAGGUCUCGACCCACAACACCCACAAGGACUGCUGGCUCGUCAUCAACGGCAAGGUUUAUGAUGUUACCAAGUUCUUAGAAGAUCACCCUGGAGGGGAUGAUGUGCUGUUGUCAUCAACUGGGAAAGAUGCAACUGAUGAUUUUGAAGAUAUCGGGCAUAGUAAUACUGCAAGGGCGAUGAUGGAUGAGUACUUUAUUGGCAAGAUUGAUGCUGCAACAAUCCCUCAGAAAGUUAAAUACACUCCUCCCAAGCAGCCUCACUACAACCAGGACAAGACAUCGGAGUUCAUCGUCAGGCUCCUUCAGUUUUUGGUUCCUGUGGCAAUCUUGGGGUCAGCUGUUGCCGUCAGAAUCUACACAAAAGCAGCUUAAAAUGUUUGCUCGAGCAAAACAAGUUAUGAUAAGUUAGCAGUUUUUGCGAUCUCCUGCCUUCUUACACAUUCAGACACUAAGUUUGGUUCUCAACCGCUUGCUUGUAUCUUAUGGUACGAAGAAGUCAUUUGGUGUUGUAUUGCAGUACCUAUUAAAUCUGUGCUUACUAUCACAGAGCAACUAUGGUAUGAAGUCAUGUAGUCCAUUGCCCACUACAUGAACAUAUCUCUUCAAGAGAAUUAUAAUAUUGUUGUGUAA